CCUGUUGAUGAUCAGACAAGACCAUCUAAUGAGAAACAGAGACCGAGUCAAGAGCUUCCACAAGAAAAGCACAAACAACGAGAAAUUGAUAGGAACACCCCAAAGGGGAUGAAGUCAUCUGAGGAACACGAACCAAGGCAUGAACAGUUACAAUGUCAUCGAGAAAAACCUCAACAAGAAAUUCAGGUGACAGGGGCUAAAGAACAGCCCACACACCGUGGGAUCACCUCUACAUUAUCUGAGGAACAAAUACAGACAAGUCAGGAGGAAGUUGGUCAUCAAGACAGUCCUGAACUCGAGAUGCAAGUGGAACGUGCUAAAAAAAGUAAAAAGAGGAAAAGGGCUGCAACAUCUGAGGAGCAAAACCAGAGCUUGAGACUGAGAGCAGUUGGUCAUCGAGACAAACCUGAAACAGAGGUACAAGUAGGACGUGCUAAAAAACGGAGAAAGCAGAAAAGGGCUUCAACAGAUGAGCAACAGAGACCUAGACAGGAGGACGUUGGUCCUGAAGACAAACCUGAAACAGAGGUACAAGUUGGAGGGGAUAAAAAACGGAGAAAGCAGAAAAGGGCUUCAACAUCUGAGCAACAGAGACCUAGACAGGAGGAAGUUGGUCCUGAAGACAAACCUGAAACAGAGGUACAAGUAAGACGGGAUAAAAAACGGAGAAAGCAGAAAAGAGAUACAACAUCUGAGCAACAGAGACCUAGACAGGAGGAAGUUGGUCCUGAAGACAAACCUGAAACGGAGGUACAAGUUGGAGGGGAUAAAAAACGGAGAAAGCAGAAAAGGGCUUCAACAUCUGAGCAACAGAGACCUAGACAGGAGGAAGUUGGUCCUGAAGACAAACCUAAAACAAAGGUACAAGUUGGAGGGGAUAAAAAACGGAGAAAGCAGAAAAGGGCUUCAACAUCUGAGCAACAGAGACCUAGACAGGAGGAAGUUGGUCCUGAAGACCAACCCGAAAUAGAGGUACAAGUUGGGCGGGAUAAAAAACGGAGAAAGCAGAAAAUGGCUUCAACAUCUGAGCAACAGAGACCUAGACAGGAGGAAGUUGGUCCUGAAGACAAACCUGAAACAGAGGUACAAGUAGGACGGGAUAAAAAACGAAGAAAGCAGAAAAGGGAUUCAACAUCUGAGCAACAGAGACCUAGACAGGAGGAAGUUGGUCCUGAAGACAAACCCGAAAUAGAGGUACAAGUUGGACGGGAUAAGAAACGGGGAAAACAGAAAAUGGCUUCAACAUCUGAGCAACAGAGACCUAGACAGAAAGAAGUUGGCCCUGAAGACAAACCUGAAACAGAGGUUCAAGUAGGACGGGAUAAAAAACGGAGAAAGCAGAAAAGGGAUUCAACAUCUGAGCAACAGAGACCUAGACAGGAGGAAGUUGGUCCUGAAGACAAACCUGAAAUAGAGGUACAAGUUGGACGGGAUAAAAAACGGGGAAAACAGAAACAGGCUUCAACAUCUGAGCAACAGAGACCUAGACAGAAAGAAGUUGGCCCUGAAGACAAACCUGGUACAGAGGUACAAGUUGGACGCACUAAAAAACGGAGAAAGCAGAAAAGGGCUUCAACAUCUGAGCAACAGAGACCUAGACAGGAGGAAGUUGGUCCUGAAGACGAACCCGGAAUGGGGGUACAGGUUGGACAGGAUAAAAAACGGAGAAAGCAGAAAGGGGCUUCAACAUCUGAGGAACACAGACCUAGAAAGGAGGAAAUUGCUCAUCUAGAAAAACUUCAGCCAGGGGUACAAGUGGGAAGGGCUGAAGAACAGAGCAAGGAAAAGAGACACAAGGAAGACACAAGACCGAGACACAAGGAAGAUGGUAAUCAAGACAAACGUGAUCUGGAGAUGCAAGUGGGACGGGCUAAAAAAAGGAAAAAGAGGAGAAGGUCAUCAACAUCUGAGGAACAGAAACCGAGAGAGGAGGAAGUUGGUCAUCGAGACGAUCCUGAGACAGAGGUACAAGUUGGACGGGUUCUAAAACGUAAAAAGCAGAAAGGGACGUUAACAUCUGUGGGACAGAGACCUAGACAGGAAGAUAUUGGUCAUGGAGACAAACCUCAACCAGAGGUACAUGUUGGACAGACUAAAAAACGGAGAAAAGACCUAGACAGGCGGAAAUUGGUCUUCGAGACAAACCUCAGCCAGAGCUACAAGUGGAAAUGGCUGAAGAACAGAGCAAGCAGAAAGAUACUACAUCAGUUAAGGAACAGAGACCAAGACACAAGGAAGUUGGUUAUAAAGACAAACGGAAAAAGAGGAAAAUUACAUCUUCCUCUGAGGAACAGAAACCGAGACAGGAGGAAGUUGGUCAUGAAGACAAGCCUGAAACAGAGGUACAAGUUGGACUGUCUAAAAAACGGAGAAAGCAGAAAGGGACUACAUCAUCUAGGGGACAGAGGCCGAGAAAUGAGGCAGUUGCUUAUCUAGUCAAACCUAAGACAGCGGUGCAAAUGGAAGGGACUAAGAAACAACGGAGCAGGCAGAAAGGGAUUGCAUCAUCUA